GCUGCUUCUGCUUUUUCCAAGUUAAAAACAGGAGGAAGAAAUAAAAACUGUGUUCUGUAUUUUGUAUGUGUGGUUCUGUUUCAAUCUCGAAAAGAUCAUUUCUGGUUGGUUGGCCUCUCUCAGGUCCUUCUUAUCUUCUCCCUCUCACUUUAGCUUUGCGGUACAGAAGCUUCCUUCCUUUUUUUGGCUCUUUUUUUUUCUCAUAUAUGAUCAAAGUUUGCAUUUUUAUUUGGGCAUUUAUAUCUUUUGGAUGGUUUCCUCAAAUGGGUUGAAUGUUCUUCCUUUUCUAGCCUAAGGGUUUCCUUUUGUGUGGUUGGGAUCACUCCAAAGGGGCUUUUUUACAUUCUGAGUGUCUUAAGUUCUUAAAGCAAUGAGCUGCUGAAUCCGACAUGGUUCCAGUUAGAGCUGAGAAUCCAGAGAACUCAUUGCCUACUUAUUGGUGGUUUCUAGUUAGUAGCCUUUUGCGGAUGAUCGAUGGAAGGCUCUUCAAACUCCAACUCUAGAGGGUUCUUCAACACCUCUGGCGUUUCAGACAGGAACACUGAGAGAGUCACUGCUCGCUCGAAGCCUUCUUUAUCUCAUGUUGAUGAGUAUGUCAGAAGCGUGUUUGGUAGCAGCACACGCAAAUCCUUCGAAGAAGAUUCUUUAGGGACUGGUGACCCUUUUGUUAGAUCCUUGGAAUGGGGUGAUGUCAGCUUGAGACAGUGGCUGGACAAGCCUGAACGGUGCGUAGACGUUUUCGAGUGCUUGCACGUUUUCAGACAGAUCGUGGAGAUUGUGAAUGUGGCUCACUCUCAAGGCAUUGUUGUUCAUAACGUUAGACCGUCUUGCUUCGUCAUGUCUUCGUUUAACCAUGUUUCAUUCAUUGAGUCCGCUUCUUGCUCUGACUCGGGGUCUGCUGAUUCCUUGGAGGACGAUCCAGUUAGCCAUAAGAAAAGAGAGGACGCUGGAUCCUAUAACAAGAUCUUGGAGAGACAAGUAGAGAAGCUAGAGGAAGAGAAGAAGCAGCCGUUUCCGAUGAAACAUGUGUUAGCAAUGGAGACAAGUUGGUACACAAGCCCUGAAGAGGAGUUUGGUUCUCCGAGUACUUGUGCUUCUGAUGUCUACCGUCUUGGUGUUCUUCUUUUCGAGCUGUUCUGUCCUGUGCCUUCAAGAGAAGAGAAGUCAAGAACUAUGUCUAGUUUAAGACAUCGUGUGCUUCCGCCUCAGAUAUUGCUCAAAUGUCCUAAAGAAGCUUCUUUCUGCUUGUGGCUACUGCAUCCAGAGCCAAGCUGUCGACCAUCAAUGAGUGACUUGCUGCAAAGCGAGUUUAUGACCGAACCAAGAGAUAAUCUGGAAGAACGUGAAGCAGCAAUAGAGCUUAGGGACAAAAUCGAGGAACAAGAGUCGUUACUCGAGUUCUUGUUGAUGAUUCAACAGAGAAAGCAGGAGUCUGCUUAUAGAUUGAGGGAUACAGUUUCACUUCUUUCUUCAGACAUAGAGCAAGUUGCGAAGAGACAGUUAGUUUUGAAGCAAAAGGGAAGCUCAUUCUCUGAUCUCAGCUUCCCUGAAGAGCCUUCAACAUUAUUGGCUUCAAGAAAACGGUUUAGACAAGUGAUUCCCCCAGAGGAAACCAAUGAUGAGGAGAGCCUGUUUCUUGAAAGCUCCAGGUUGAUGAGAAACUUCAAGAUGCUAGAAACCGUCUACUUUCUAACAAGGCGCAGGCAACUGAAAGCUUCUGCUGCUUUGGGGAAGUCGUUAACUAGACAUUCACCGUUAAGCAGUGAAAACGGAAGAGGUUCGGAGAAAAGCUCAGUAAGCAACUCUGCAGCACCCAAAGAUCUUUCCCAAAAUGAUUCAAGACAAGGAGGGUGGAUAGACCCUUUCCUUGAGGGUUUGUGCAAAUACUUAUCAUUCAGUAAGCUCAGAGUGAAAGCAGAUUUGAAGCAAGGAGACUUGUUGAACUCUUCUAACCUUGUUUGCUCCCUUGCGUUUGACCGUGAUGGAGAGUUUUUCGCCACUGCUGGUGUCAACAAGAAGAUCAAGAUCUUCGAGUGUGACUCAAUUGUUAACAAUAACCGGGACAUUCACUAUCCGGUUGUGGAGUUGGCUAGCCGGUCAAAGCUGAGCAGUGCGUGUUGGAACAGUUACAUAAAGAGUCAGAUUGCAUCAAGUAACUUUGAAGGCGUGGUUCAGAUAUGGGAUGUUUCAAGAAGCCAGUUGGUUACAGAGAUGAAGGAGCACAAGAAGAGAGUGUGGUCCAUCGAUAUUUCAUCAGCAGACCCGACUUUGCUAGCUAGUGGAAGCGAUGAUGGAACCGUUAAGCUAUGGAGUAUCAAUCAGGGAGCUAGCAUUGGAACCAUCAAGACAAAGGCUAAUGUAUGUUGUGUCCAGUUUCCAUCAGACUCUGGCCGGUCUUUAGCAUUCGGCUCUGCAGAUCACAAAGUGUAUUACUAUGAUCUUAGGAAUCCCAAGAUUCCUCUGAGCACAAUGAUUGGGCAUAGCAAGACAGUGAGUUAUGUCAAGUUUGUGGAUUCGUCUACUCUUGUGUCUUCUUCUACUGAUAACACGCUGAAGCUUUGGGACUUAUCCAUGUCUGCCUCUGGUGUUAACGAAACGCCUCUUCAUUCAUUUGCUGGACACACUAAUCUAAAGAACUUUGUUGGCUUAUCGGUCUCUGAUGGGUAUAUAGCUACAGGCUCAGAGACUAACGAGGUUUUCGUGUACCACAAGGCAUUCCCAAUGCCGGUUAUGUCGUACAUGUUCAGCAACACUGACUCUACGUCUGGUCUAGAAGUUGAUGAUGCCUCACAGUUCAUAUCUUCCAUCUGCUGGCGAGGACAGUCGUCUACCUUAGUCGCUGCUAACUCCAAUGGCAACAUCAAGAUUCUGGAAAUGGUGGCAUGAAGGUAGUUUCUUCUUGGCAAGAGAUCUGUUUUGUUCGGAGUGCUAUAGGAUAAAACAAUUGUUACCAAAAAAGAAUAGGAUUGUGUAUAGAAAAGGGAGGAUACAAAUAUUGAAUCUUUGUAUUUGUAUACUAUGUUUAUACAUUGUUUUUUGAAAGAAUAACUAUGUUUAUACAUUGAAACAUCUCAAUAGGAAAAAAGAGAUUAUAAUUUUUAUUUA